AUCACAGAGGGUAUUCACCGAUUGCCACAUUAUCCAGCUCCUCAAGACCAAAGACUAAUCGAUAAAAAUGGCCACGCAACGCGGUGGUGGAGCUUCCGGUAACAAAUUCCGUAUGACCCUGGGUCUCCCAGUGGGAGCUGUUCUCAACUGUGCGGACAACAGCGGUGCCAAAUCUCUUUACAUCAUCGAACCGUACGGAUUCGGUGCACGCUUGAACAGACUGCCAGAUGCUGGUGUUGGUGACAUGGUUGUUGCAUCCGUAAAGAAGGGAAAGCCGGAACUGCGAAAAAAGACCAUGCCUGCUGUUGUCGUUCGUCAACGUAAAUCCUGGCGUCGGCGAGAUGGUGUCUUCCUCUACUUCCAGGACAACGCCGGUGUCAUCGUCAACCCCAAGGGUGAAAUGAAGGGUUCUGCUAUCACCGGACCCGUAGCAAAAGAAUGUGCGGAUUUGUGGCCUCGUAUUGCUUCGAAUGCCGGCACUGUUGUAUGAUGUGGUCACAUUUAUCUCUUCUCUUCAUACAUUUUAUGUUCAUUAGUGCCAUGCUAUGAUUAUGACCACAAAUGCACGACUGAGCAUUCCACGUC